AUGUCAGAAAAGACUCUUCACACAGCGAUUUCAAUUGAUCCAGAACUUGUCAAACUGGUAUCAAAUCAAGCAACAAAAUUGAUUGAACAAAUUCAAAUCGAUAUUAAAAAUGACAAACAAAUAUCUCACAGAACAUAUGAAACGUGUAAUGCAGUAUUAAGUGAUGCACACAAAGCAUAUAUUCGUACACAAAUUGCAUUCUUUGAAGAAACGAAAAUUCUUAUUGAACAAGCUUUAGAUAAACCUGAUGUACGAUAUCAUGAAACUUGGCUGCAAGUUUUCGAAAUAUAUAUUGCACAAUGUAAACGGAUAUCUGGUCCAAUUCUUCAAGUAUUAAAUUCUGUGGCAAUCGAAAGUGAUCGUCUAAAACACAAAUAUCGUAAUUUUGUUACUGGCGCUGUUGCUUGUUCGGCUGUCUCUACAGUUCUUGUUAUCGGACUUGUACUGCAUUUCUUACCUGCUAGUAUAUGCUGUUUUACACUCACUGCUGGUGGAGUAGCUUUAGCAACAGUUGGAACACUCUUAGCAGCUGGCCUAGGUAUUGCAUGUAUUAUUGGAGCAAUGGAAGUAUCAGCAAUACGUGCCAUAUAUGACAAAUGUACAAGUGAAAUAAAACUAUUAGUAGCAAAGUGUAUGCCAUGUCUAUUUAAUGCAGAGAAAAAUGUUGUUACAGGAGAAGAAUUACAUCAAGCUAUUAAAAAUGCACUGAAUGAAUUCAAAAUAAAAGAAGCCAAUUGGACAAAUAUUGAAACAUUAAAAAUGUUAAAACGAUCAAUAGAUCGUGAGCUUGAUGCUUUAAAACAAAAUUAA